AUGAAGGUCGCCGUUGUUGGAGGCGGUCCCGCGGGCAUCGCGACGCUCAAGUUCCUGGCCACGGCGCACCUCUUCUUCCCGAUCCCGCCGCUCGACGUGCGCCUCUUCGAGGCCGGCGACGAGGUCGGCGGCACCUUUGUGCAGCGCGUCUACGAAGACGCCGAGCUGGUCUCGUCCAAGUACCUGACCGCCUUCUCCGACUUUCGGCUGCCGGCCGACGCGCCCGACUUCGUCACGCCCGCCGUGUACGUGCAGUACCUGCGCGACUACCUAACGCACUUUGGCCUGUGGCCGCACGUCCGGUGCCGGUCGCGCGUCACGCGCAUCGUCCGGCGCCUGCCGGCCGGCCACACCGUGGAGGUGACGACGACGGCGGCGGACGGCGGCGCGGCGGUGGUGGAGGCGUGGGACUGCGACGCCGUGGCCAUCUGCACGGGCAUCAACGUGUUGCCGCGCAUCCCGGAGGUGCCCGGCCUCCUGAGCAGGACGACGACGACGGUGCUGCACUCGUCCGAGGUCAAGACGCGCGCGCAGCUAGGCGAGGGCACGCACGUGGUGGUGCUCGGCGCGGGCGAGACGGGCAUGGACAUGGCGCACCUGGCCGUGACGGCACCGACGGCGUCGGUUAUCCCGACGCCGACGCCGGGAGGGCGCCCGCACAAGGAGGGCACCCGCCAGAACAAGCCGGUCGACACGUCCAUAGCCAGCCUGUUCGACACGGCGUACGCGCACCCGCUGCUGCAGCGCGGACCGCUGCCGUGGGCGGCGUACGACCUCUGGGUGCGCUGGAUGCACUGGCUCAUCAGCGGCACCGAGGAGGUCUUCAUGUGCAAGUCGGACCGCGCACUCCCGUACCUCUCCGCCGGACACCGCUCCACGUCCUUGCUGCAGCGUCUCCGCGCGCGCAUCCUCAACGUGCCCAUCCGGCCGAACCCGGACGGCCGCACCAUCACCGUCCGGCGCUGGCCCUCGCACGUCGACCCGUCCUCCGGCAUCAUGCACUUCUCCGACGCCGACGCCACCACCGUGACUCCGGACGUCGUCGUGCUCGCCACCGGAUACGCCACCUCCUUCCACAUGCUCGACCACUCCCUCGGCGCCUACCCUUCCCUCGACGACGCCACCUCCGGCGGCCGCGGCAUCUACUGUCCCACCGCCGGCGUGGACGUCGCCUACGUCGGCUUCGUGCGGCCCAGCAUCGGCGCCAUCCCGCCCCUCGCCGAGCUCCAGGCCCAGCUGUGGGUUCUCCGCCUGCUGCAGCGCUCCCUCCCGGGGGACGUCGUCGCUCACCGGGCAGGGGACGCGGUGGAGGGGUACGAGGUGGACUACAAGCUGCGGGCGCGCGCCGGGUACGACUUGUUCCGGGACAGGCGCGGCGUGGACCACGAGAGCUACGCGUACCAGCUGGCGCUGGACAUGGGCGCGGCGCCGACGCUGGGGAGCGUGCUGGCGCGCCGCGACGCGAGGUGCCUGUACGCCUGGGCGAUGGGGCCCAACUUCAACACCAAGUUCCGGCUGGUCGGGCCGUGGCGCGACGAGGCCGUGGCGGCGGCGGUGAUGCGUGGGGAGCUGUACGAGGUGGUGCGGCGUUCGGGGGGAGCAGUGUAUUUCUUGACGUAUACGGUCAUUCCGUUGCUGGUCUUUGGCACCCUCAGCCUCGUCUUGUACGCGGCGGGUUGGGUCGCGGGGCUGCCGAGCAAGGCGCUUGCUGCCUGCAAGCGCGCGGUUGGUCGGCAGGGCAGGGCCAAGGAGGCAGAUCACAAGUGCAAGGCAUGCGAUUAA